GGUGUUGGAUCGGAUUUGGAUAUAUAAAGAAACCAUGCUCAUCUCCAUGCUCCAUCUUCCUUAACUCCCUCCAUUUUUACCAUCACCAUCACCUUGCAGCCCUAGUCAGAAUCAUCCUUACCCUAAAAAGGCACAUUCCCUUUGAUCCCCAACACUUCCUCUUUCUUCCCAAGAACUCUAUAUAUUGUUCUUUUCAUUUGUUUCAUUCAUGAAAGACGACAACACUGCAACAGGUAAACUAACCCAAAACCAGCAACACCAGAUGUGCAGAACCACCGGUGUUGUUUCCUCGGUUGGCCAAGUCGACGACAUGUCGCCGCCGGCCAUGUCUCCGGAGGUGGUCCCUUCCAACGCCGGGGAUGAACUCAAGUUGAUCCCUCCUUUGAACUUCGCUAUGGUUGACAAUGGCAUUUUCAGGUCCGGCUUCCCUGAUUCAGCCAACUUCUCUUUUCUCCAAACGCUUCGUCUCCGGUCCAUCGUAUAUCUGUGUCCUGAGCCAUACCCAGAAGCCAACAAUGAAUUUUUUAAGGCCAAUGGAAUCAGGCUGUUUCAGUUUGGAAUUGAAGGUUACAAGGAGCCAUUUGUAAAUAUCCCACAGGAUACAAUCCGCGAAGCUCUAAAGGCUGUCCUUGAUGUAAGGAAUCACCCGGUUCUAGUUCACUGCAAACGAGGGAAGCACCGAACUGGCUGUCUUGUGGGAUGCUUGAGAAAACUGCAAAGGUGGUGUUUGUCAUCAGUCUCUGAUGAGUACCAAAGGUUUGCCGCUGCAAAAGCUAGAGUUUCUGAUCAGAUGUUCAUGGAGUUGUUCGAUACUUCUAGCCUGAAGCCUCUGUCGAUGUCGUUUUCUUGCUCAAAGAAGUGAAGAACCACAUCAAUUGAACAGAAAAGAAGAAUGUUACACUUCCUGCAUUGAUAUAAUUAGGAAUAGGUAACGAGUUCUCUGAAUUGCAAUAAAAGGCGCACGUAGAAGCAAUGUCCCGGAAUGAUCUUUGGCGUGGAGUUCUCCUUCCCGCUUCUUUCUUCAUGUUCAUCUAGUUGUCCUCUACUUGUUUUACUUUGAAAGCCAUUGUUAGCUUUGUUUAAGGUUUCGAGAUGAGUUUUUACAGUGAACAAGAAUCAAAGAUUUACAGCUAUUCUUCUUGUCAAGCUUCUUUUGCAGAUAGUUAUAGGCAAGGCAGCUAGAGUUCAGGCAAUGUAAACACAUGAUUGUAUUUGGCUACUUAACUAUCAAUAUUCAUAUACAAAACAGCUCUUCUUUGGAAACA